AUGCCGAGACGUUUAAAAAUUUUUCAACAUAAUUUCGCUCAAGACUUUCGUUGGCUGCCAUCAAUACUUGUUGUAAAGGCUUUCUUAAUAAUUACCGAAAGCACUUUCUUUUGAAUUUUUAUCUGACAACAUAAUGUUAUGUUUGACAUUAACUUAAUUUGGUUAUAUAGUAGCGCCGCUUUAUGCUGGCUGGAUGUUUUCCUAUUGGUUUUUAUGUUAAGUGCAUUGUGGCGUUUGAAGCAAUAUACACAUCAACUAUUAUUCAUAACGGCUAUUAGACAACACGAGGCAACAAUACCCGAACAAACUGGCAUAAUUAAAGAACGCAUGAGUUGUCUUCUUACCUGGUCUAUUUGGUGGCCUGUUGUAUUUGGACUCUUUAUAACCCGCAUAAAUCCAACAAAUUUAACAUUUAUACGUGAUUUAACUCAAUAA